CUUCCACACUCCCCUUUCUCCCCUUCCUUUCUCUGCUCAUUUUGUUUUGCUUUUCUUCUCUCUCAGACAUAUCACAAACACUUACGUUUUCUCUUAAAAAACCACCAUGGGUAGACCACAGCAGCGAUACCGUGGCGUCCGUCAAAGACAUUGGGGUUCUUGGGUCUCUGAAAUUCGACACCCCAUCUUGAAGACUAGAAUAUGGCUAGGCACAUUUGAAACGGCGGAAGAUGCAGCAAGAGCAUAUGACGAGGCGGCAAGGCUUAUGUGUGGGGCAAAAACACGAACCAAUUUCCCAUACAAUCCCAAUGACUCCCAAUCUGCUUCAUCAAAGCUUCUCUCGGCUACUUUGGCAGCUAAGUUACAUAAAUGUCACAUGGCAGCACUGCAACUGGCUAAAAAAAAUGCAGCAAAAGACCCUUCUGCAACACAAUGUGGUCACCCUUUGGCUGCUCCAAGCUACACCGUCACCGGAAGCAAUAUCGGGGAAAUGGAUUGCCGGCAGCAUAUUCCGGGGAAGAAAUGGGAUGGAUAUGAGGAAAGUCAAGUUGGGGGUGAACAACAGUUCGUCCCAUUAGAAGAUGAUCAUAUAGAGCAGAUGAUAGAGGAAUUGCUUGAUUAUGGAUCUAUUGAACUCUCUUCUAAUUAGUUCAACGUUAAAGGGCUAAACUGUAAGCAUUUUCCAUGUGUUAAUGGAACUUGCUUCUUCUUCUUUUUCAAUGGUUUAGUUUUUCUAGUUAUCGGUAAUUUGUUUAGUUCAUAAGAUCAGAUAUGCUACAUUAUGCAAAGGUUGAUUUGCAUAAAGUAGUGUGAAUACAUUAAUGGAAUAAAGUAUUUAACA